AGGAUGGGCAAGCCCAUACAUGCAGAUGGAAAGUGGACUCAAAAGCAUCCAAAGCUUCAUCUGUCGCAUUGGAUGGUUACUGGCGACAGCUUGACAAUUUGGAGGCUAGUGAUGUUGUGUGGACGCCAUACGGUGAGGAUGUACAUGUUACCUGUCCGAGGACACUUUAUUAUGGCUGGCUUCAGUACCGUGACAUAUGUGAGCCUUAUAUGCCAGCACGUGUUAUGCGACAGGUAGGGAUGGUUCAGACGAUUCCACCCACUAUCCUCCACCCGACGAAGGUCACUCGCAGUCAGGGCAAACAUAACUACAAGUUGGAUUUCCCAUUGAUUUCUGCGUCAGACGGAUGGAAGACCUUCCCGAUCCUGGGUUCCGUGAAUAUUCUACAUUAUACCCCAGUCACAUCGGAUGAUGCUGGAGCUACACAUACUGAUUACAUGGAAUGGUAUCAGAAGUAUUCACACCCAUUUGUCCUCCCACCGGAGCGUCGCACCAUUGAAACGACGAAGGCCUCUACAUGCUUGGUUCCCAUAUCU